AAUGAUUUGAAAUGAUGUCGCUCUUUAACAGCUUUAAAUGUUGAACAGUUUGAGUCACCAAUGACACUUGCAGGGCGGGGAGAUAGCCUACAUAGAGGGAAAGCAUGCACUUAGACACGUAGACUAAUAACUCUGGACAUUGUUUCAAGCGACGUUCAAAGAUGCUUCUCGUGCUAUGCGCGCUGUCGGUGGUGGUCGUGGCAGAGGAGACGCACUGUGGUGGCACGCCCGACCGAUUGUGUGAUGUGAAACCUGAGGCAGUCUACUACAAGGAACCACCGAUCACAGAUUCAGAGGUGUCGUACAAGCAGUUGAAGACUAUGUUUCCCAGCAGCAGUAUUCAACUGUUUGACGUCCGCAAUCCAGAUGAGUUUGAGGCUGGACAUAUUCCUGGCUCCACCAAUGUCCCACUUGGGGAACUCCAGGAGGCUCUGAGACUGAGCUCAGACCAGUUCAAACAGAGGUUUGGAGUACGUGCCCCUCAUAAGGAGGAUAGCAGCAUUGUGGUCUACUGCCAGAGAGGUAGAAGGAGUGCUACUGCACUUGACAUAAUGUGGGCUCUGGGAUUCAGCAGGGCUCGUCACUAUGCUGGAGGAUACAGUGACUGGGUCCAGCGUGAAGAGCAGUGAGGCAGAGGAGGCACUAGGUGUAAUUUGGGAGAGGGGAAGCGCUGUGACCGCGAAGUAAUCCAUGUCCAUGCCACGUCCACAGUGUCCUGCACUGGUCUUCUACACCGCUGUGAAUAUAGGAACGUCCCAUUAAACACUUGGAGGGGAAAAGGGGUUGCUUGGCAUCACAAGAUGCGUCAAUCGAAGCCACCAAGCUACACUGCAGUCCCGAUUUAUAGCCACCUGAGGGCAUCGGAGACUUUCAUUUCGAGACCUCUGGACCAGGCUCAAAUAUAGCUAUGAAGUGAGUGAGCUGUUAGGGUAAGAUUUGUGUGUCUCAUCUUACAGAGCACCGGUGUCCGUAUGGUCCCUCCCAGCACUCCCAGAAUCCCACUCGCAAUGGACAGUCAUUAUGAGAGGUUUACUGGCUGACAAAACCGAGAGAUCACGUUAGAAAUCGGUAUUACAAAAGCUGACAUGUACACUCUUAGAAAAAAGGGUUCUUCGGCUGUCCCCAUAGGAAAACCCUUUUUGGUUCCAGGUAUAACUCUUGGGUUCCAUGUAGAUCCCUAUGUGGAAAGGGUUCUACCUGGAACCAAACCGGGUUCUGCUAUGGGGACAGACGAAGAACCCUUUUAGAACAAAAGGUGCCAUCUAGAACCUGAGAGUAUAGGUUAGCGUGAGACUUCCUAUGCUUCUAUGUCAGAACAACUUGGCGUAGCAGAAAAGGGUGUAUAGUGCAGCAUAACCAAUCUUUGCUGUGAUGUUACCAGAACUUCUCAACCCGGUCUGCAAAAUAACCUUGAGGGGGAUGAAUGUGUGGAGUUUAAAUGACUGCUGUAGGUUAUGACAAUAUUUUUGGAUGAUCUUAUCGUGUUGAAGGAUCUGACAUUGACAUACACUUCUAACUUCUUGUUCUCUAUCCCCAUGAAAAAUGUUAUUAGAAUUUGUUUUGUUCAAGUGGAAUAUUGAAAAUGUUCCUGUUAUUUCAGCUCUGUUUGAGUUUGUUCCUAAUUACUGUACAUACUGCUGUUGGACCGUGACCCUGAUGAUAAUCUACUGGAUUUCCAGUCUUUAGUUUGUUUACAUUGUUAUGUGGUAUUUGCUAUUCAUUUCUAUGUCCUCUCCCACUUAUGGAAUUAUAGCCAAUAUACUAAUUAGCUCACAAACUUAAGCAUAUUCAUACACUAUAGAAACAGAAUAUACACUUAUGUAUAUGUCUCACAACUAAAAGGAAUUUCAUAAUAUCUGUACAUUAUAGGAACAAGUGUGACUACAAAAUUACAAUGAUAUUUUGCUUGAGAUUAAGAAACAGUAGUAGACACAUUGCAAGUGCAUGAAGAGGUCAACUGUAUAAAGUCAUAUGCCUGUGUGUUGAAACUAUACUUUUCGGUAUCUGCUGGAUAAAGGGAACUAAGAGUCCCUGUUGAUGCUAUGUUAGCAAUAAGAGGAAGAAGGAUUGGCAAACAAACUGCCAAUAACACAAUAAGCUCAACUCUGCCUAGCAGAGACAACUUUGUAUUAGCAACUGAUAAUUAUCAGAGUUUAUAUGGUAUUAAAGUUAAGGGACAUCACCCUGGGCAGGAUGAACCAUAGUAGGGGAUAAAAAGGGAAAACACCAUAUUGAGAACGGAGUGUCUCGCUUGCAAAUUACUGCAAGUGUGUACUCCGGGUUGCAAUCCUUAUUAA